UGCUGAAAAUAUGGUGAAUGCUGUAAAAAUUCUUUUAGUAGAAUUAGGUGUGUCAUCAAAGGUAUUAGGAAUAACAACGGAUAAUGCAUCUGCAAUGGUAGCUUUUGGAAGAGAAAUAAAAAAUGAGUUGAGUAUUAAUCAUAAUAAUCCACAUGUUACUCAUCAUUGUUUUGGUGCCCACAUACUUAAUAUUGCUGUACAGCAUGGGCUGCAAGUUCAUGAUGACACAAUUAAAAAAGAGUUGAUUGAUGUUUUAUCACCGUUUUAUUCAGCAACAUUACUGCUUUCAUCAUUAAAUUAUUCUACAAUUGGAGAAUUUCAUUUUACGUUGUGGACACUAGUGAAAAACCUAUAUAAACAAAUAGAAGUUAGCAAUACACAAUAUAUAGUAGCAAACUCAAUAUUAUAUAAAUUAGAACAAUAUUUCGAAUUACCUGAUGAAGCAAAAAUGAUGGCAUCAUUAUUGGAUCCUCCUACCAAAAGCACAACUUUUACAACUGAUGAAAUUACAAGAACAGUAACUGCAAUAAAAUGUAAAUUAAUUCAUUACAACUCAAAUUUUAAUGUUAAUAACAAUAAUACAUCAACUAUCACCACCAAUAACCAAACAGCACCAUCACAAAUAAUUAAAAAUAGAAUUGAUGCACAUACACAUAUAAGAAGUUUGGCUAAGACUCAGGAUAUUGUAUGCCAUAUUCAAUAUGUACUGUAG